GGAGAGUACAUAUAGUAGUGCAUGAACUUUUCUAUCGAAAACAGUAAUAAAAGCGGCUAGCUACAUUGACACAAGUGUUGAAUUAUUAAAAUUCAUAUGUUUCGACCACAUUUUCGUAACGUUAUUGUUCGAGACGUCAAUGUUAUUAAUUUAAUUACAACGAUUUCCUUCUAAUUAAGAAUACACGCUCAUGUAAUUUUUAAAAGAUGAAAUGAAACGCGAGAAAAUAUUUGCAAGAUUUUAAUGUAGCUGGUUCAUAACAAAAGCAGUUUUCUAUUUCAGCAUGUCAAUUUUUUUGUGACAGAGGAUUGCAUCACCUUUCAUUUUGUUAAUCAGACGAUAACGACUUAAAUCAAAAAAACUUCCGUCAACAAAUCAGACCGCCACACAUGCAGAAGGAGUAACCAAAGCGUCCAAAACUGGCAAGUUCGUUGGAAUCUUUUGAUCAAAAAGUCCGUACAUGUAAACUCAGUUAUACGCAGGGUGAACAGCAUACAACAGCUAACCGUGUAUCAAAACAGCACAAACAGAAGUCCAAUUAACUUACUACAGAUGCCAUAAAGAACGGGGUGUUUGGUGGUCUUUCUUUUUUGUGUCUCGGGAAGAAGCACGACGAACACAUGCAACAAACUUAGUACAAACACCACAUGCCUUGAAGUGUCAACGACCGAUUUGAUCGCACACACUAAAACGCUUUUUGUUUACAUAUAUUACCAAGCGCUCUUCAAAACAACGAGUUUUCGACAUGAAGUUCUUGAGAAAGCAACGUAUCACCAUCUUUACAAAUUGUGCAUUUUAAAGACUGGGUUUAAAGAGGAUGAAAUCCUUUCAAAAUAUGACACUGUCGCCAACUGUAGACAGCCCCGAUCGGAGCAACCAUCAAAACACAACUGCUCAUGAUUCUUUGAUAGCUGUUAAGUUGGUAUGUAUGAGCUUGAUUUGCUUCAUUGGUGUCAUUGGUAACAUAUUGAUGUGCACAACCUUGGCGGGACAUCGUAGAAAGUCAAGCGAAAUGUUUGUUUUAAAUCUGGUCAUCACUGACCUCUUAGUGUGUGGAGUUAGCAUACCGUUGGACAUGUACGAUUAUCUUAACGAAGAGACAUUUCCGUACGGUUCCGUUUUGUGCAAAAUAAUAUGGCCAUCGCAAACUUUGCUCGUAUUGGUCUCCAUUAUGACGUUGACUGCAAUGGCAGUUGAGCGUUACCGUGCCAUAAUUACGCCAUUCAAACCGAAGCUGAAGAAGAUGGAAAUAUUCAAGUGCAUUAUCGCAAUUUGGUUACUGGGAUUGGCUGUUGUCUCGCCAUAUGUUAAAGCUCUGACGUACGAUAAUCGCAGCUGUAACGAGGUCUGGUCUGGUCCAAAUGACGCAAAUUAUUACACUCUUGCACUUUUUGUUAUAGACUAUUGCAUCCCUUUGACGAUAAUUAGCUACUGUUACGUAAGAGUAGGUCUGAAAUUGCACAAAAGCAACUCAGCGUUGAACGCCAGCCAGCAAAGGGGCGUUUGUGGACGCGAAGCACACAUGUACCGUCUAAAACGUAAUAAACGUAUCAUCAAGAUUUUCGGCUUUGCUGUUCUAAUGUUUGUAAUCUGCAUGUUACCCGGUGACGUGUACUGGUUAUAUAAAGGAUGGGGAGAGGCCGAAUUUCCUCACGAGAAACAAUUCCAAGAGUUCGCAAACAUUUUAGUGUAUUCUAAUUCUAUGAUGAACCCAUUUAUAUUUGGCAGCUGCAACUUCACUUGCAUCAAGUCGUUUUGCUCGAAGUCCAAAGUAGGGAGGAGUUCGUAUUCAUUGCGGUUCUCGUUUACGAGUUCCUUCAAAAGACGUAGUAGUAAAAAUUCAACCACCAUUUGGCGCAAGGUAGUACAAAUGUUGGAAAGCAGAGAGUUAAAUGGUGCAGUUGUUUUUGAAACAAAUGUAUAACAUUGCAAGUGCAUGAAAUCACGGAUUUAAUAAUAAUGAGCUGAGAAACUAAAUUUUAAGGACUGUUCUACACUUCUAUUCAAAGUUUAGAUGUCUGAAUCAGAAUACUAUAAAUUGUUAAAAAUUGAAGUUUAAAUAAUAAUACUGAUUUAAAGUCGUGAGAACUUGCUAUUGUAUUUAUCUUAUAUAUAUAUAGGUUUUUCUUCCUUUAUGACUUGUAAAUAGGACAGGUGAAAUUUUGGGACGUCGUGUUAUGGUGAUGUCUGUUUAAAUGUAUAUGGAUUAAUAUAUUGUCCAUUAGUUAAAUGAUUUGUUGAAAUACAUGUUAACUGCAGUAAAA